CGAAAACACGAAAUCAAAUUGAUUUUUUGCAAAUCGAUUUCUCCUCCGAUUAUUGUUAUAUCCGGUGAAUCGGAGAGAAUUAUCACAAGCAUCUCAACGGACGGCGGUUCUCCACGGCGCCUGUGGGUCAUGCGAUCAUGGUGGCUGCUACUGAUUGUCCUAACAAAUUCAAAUCCAGAGGAGACAAAAUCACCGAGCUUUUAUUCUCCUGCAGAGUGAGUCGUUGCAUCGGAUGCGACCAUCUUGAAUUGUCUGUUCCCGGAGACGACGAGGCUAAUCGCGGCCGUGGAACCACCGGUGACGGCGGUGGUGGUACGGCGGUUGAUGAAGAUUAUGAGGUUGGUGGUAAUUGUUAGUAAUUUAUACAUUUGAUGAAGCUCACGCUUUGAGUGAUGAGAUUGAAAAGUUAUCUGUUGUUUCUAAGGAGGUUGCUAGUAUCAAAGAGAUCUUGCUCAACAAAGAAGAUGAUCCAAACUCGGUGUUACUCGAUUCUUUAAGACAUCUUAAGUUGAUGUCUUUGAAUGUGGAUAUUCUUAAGGUUGGUUUCUUGGUGGAUAGUGUUUGAUUACUUGGACUUUGACGGAAAAACUUAAAGGUCUUAGUGCAGACGCAAAGUUUGAGUUUUUCGAUAGAGAGCUACCAGCAUUAUGAGAAUGACAUAAUAUUGAUAAGCAAGCUUCUGUUUUAAGAAGAGAGCUAGAGAAGUUCGAUGAAGCAGUUUCCGAAGAGAUUUGUGUCAAAGGGAUGUUGUGCUUUGAUCCAACUCAUGCAAUGUUUGAGUCCAUUCAUUUGCUUAUGUUAAACGUAUGAAAUUUUAUUA